UGAACUUGCUCUAUAGUUACUGCUGUGCCUCAGUUGUGGACGGCGCUCUCAUGGCUCUGGUGUAACGAUUUCUCACUGCUGAGAGGGAGAGAAAGUACAGAACUACAGAACAAUUCAGAAUCUAAAGAAAACAAGUGCAUAAGGAGGUUCACUUUUUUGUGUUGGAAAACUGUGGCGUUUUUCUUUCCAAAAAGUUUUGCUCUCUGUCUUUGCAUGUUUAAAUCGGAGAGGAAUAUUAGUGCCGUGAGUCGGCCAGACGUCUAGUUAUAGAGCAAGAGGCAACACCAACAAGACGGCAUGAUUUUGCGACGGAGUUCAGUGUUUGCAGCUUUUUACUUCCAUGCCUUUUUACUCUGUUUGCGUGCGAAGGUGUCUGACGCCUCGGGACAAUUCGAGUUGCAAAUCUUAUCGAUGCAGAACGUGAAUGGCGAAUUGCAGAACGGCUUGUGCUGUGAUGGGUCAAGGGACGCGGAGGACCGAAAGUGCAAUAGGGAUGAAUGUGAUACUUAUUUCAAAGUUUGUUUGAAGGAAUACCUGCGUGUUGCUGCAUCUGGGCCUUGUAGUUUCGGAACUGGAUCUACGCCUGCACUCGGAGGGAAUACAUUUUCUUCGAAGACCACUUUGAGGAACGAACAAUCCAGGAUAGUCUUGCCUUUCAGCUUCGCCUGGCCGAGGUCCUAUACAUUGAUAGUGGAAGCCCUGGACUACGAUAACGACACCACAAGUGGAAGCUCCUCUGGGAAGGUCAUCGAGAAGGCCCUGCACUCAGGCAUGAUCAACCCCAACCACCCGUGGCAGAAGCUGUCCCACAACGGCAACGUGGCCCAGUUCGAGUACCAGAUCCGGGUCACCUGCGACGAGCACUACUACGGUUUCGGGUGCAACAAGUACUGCCGGCCCCGUGACGACUUUUUCGGCCACUUCAUCUGCGACCACAACGGCAACAAGACCUGCCAGGAGGGGUGGUCUGGACGGGACUGCAACAAAGCUAUUUGCAGACAAGGCUGCAGCACUGAACACGGCCACUGUGACCAGCCAGGUGACUGUCGGUGUCUGUAUGGCUGGCAAGGACUAUACUGUGACAAGUGCAUCCCUCACCCAGGAUGUCAGCAUGGGACUUGCAUAGAGCCGUGGCAGUGCCUGUGUGACACCAACUGGGGUGGCCAGCUCUGUGACAAAGACCUGAACACCUGUGCAACCCGGCAGCCAUGCCAUAACGGAGGGACCUGCAGCAAUACGGGGCCUGACAAGUACCAUUGCUCGUGCCCUGAAGGCUACUCGGGAGUGAAUUGCGAAAGAGCAGAGCAUGCCUGCCUCUCCAACCCCUGUGGCAAUGGAGGAAACUGUGUGGAGAACAGCCAGGGAUACGAAUGCCAAUGUGCGCCUGGAUGGACAGGACCGUCCUGCACCAUCAAUGUCGAUGAGUGCACUCCCAACCCAUGCAGUCAUGGCGGCACCUGCCAAGACCAAGUCAAUGGGUUCAAGUGUGUGUGUCCAGCUCAGUGGACUGGCAAAGUCUGUCUCAUAGACGCCAACGAAUGCGAGGACCGGCCCUGCAAGAAUGCCAAGUCCUGCCGCAACCUGAUCGGAAGCUACUUCUGCGAGUGUCUGCCCGGCUGGACUGGUCAGAACUGCGACAUUAAUAUUAAUGACUGCCAUGGCCAAUGCCAGAAUGGAGGGACUUGCAGGGACCUGGUUAAUGGUUACCGCUGCGUUUGUCCUUCGGGCUACAUGGGGGAGCACUGCGAGAAGGACAUCGACGAGUGCACCAACAGCCCCUGUCUGAAUGGCGGCCGCUGUCAGGACGAGGCCAAUGGCUUCCAGUGCCUGUGCCUGGCUGGUUUCUCAGGUAACCUGUGUCAGCUGGACGUCGAUUACUGCGAGCCCAAUCCGUGUCAGAACGGAUCGCCGUGUUUCAACCUGGCCUCCGACUACUUCUGCAAGUGCAAUGACGACUACGAGGGCAAGAACUGCUCCCACCUGAAGGACCACUGCCGCACCACAGCUUGCCAGGUGAUCGACAGCUGCACGGUGGCGGUGACGUCAAACAGCACCCCCGAGGGUGUGCGCUACAUCUCGUCGAACGUCUGCGGGCCCCACGGGCGAUGCCGGAGCCAGGCCGGGGGGCAGUUCUCUUGCGAGUGCCAAGAGGGCUUCAGGGGCACAUACUGUCACGAGAACAUUAAUGACUGCGAAAGCAACCCGUGUGAAAACGGUGGGACGUGUAUUGACAAAGUCAGCGUGUACCAGUGUAUCUGUGCCGACGGCUGGGAAGGGGACCACUGUGAGAUCAAUAUUGAUGACUGCCGCAUGAGUCCUUGCCUCAAUAAAGGGACGUGUCAAGACCUGGUUAACGACUUCUACUGCGAGUGCAGAAAUGGCUGGAAGGGAAAAACCUGCCACUCCCGUGAGAGCCAGUGCGAUGAGGCCACCUGCAACAACGGGGGAACCUGCCUGGACGAGGGGGACAACUUUACAUGCAAGUGCGCCCCAGGUUGGGAGGGAGCCACGUGCAACAUUGCGAAGAACAGCAGCUGCCUACCCAACCCCUGUGAGAACGGAGGGACGUGCGUGGUGAGCGGCGACUCCUUCACCUGCGUCUGCAAGGAGGGCUGGGAGGGCUCCACUUGCACUGAAAAUACCAACGACUGCAAUCCACACCCAUGCUAUAACAGUGGAACAUGUGUGGAUGGAGACAACUGGUACCGCUGUGAGUGUGCUCCGGGCUUCGCUGGCCCAGACUGUCGUAUAAACAUAAACGAGUGCCAGUCUUCCCCCUGUGCCCCUGGCUCCACCUGUGUAGACGAGAUCAAUGGCUACCGCUGCUUGUGCCCACCUGGACGGUCUGGCCAGCAGUGUCAGGAAGUCACUGGCCAGCCUUGCCUUAUCAAUGGACAUGUGACUGCUGAUGGCAGGAAGUGGGAAGAUGACUGCAACACCUGUCAGUGCUUAAGUGGGAAAGUCACCUGUACCAGGAUGUGGUGUGGCCCCAGGUCCUGUCGGAUCAGCGCUAAAGGUCGUGGGGGCUGCCCUAUGGGCCAACAGUGCAUGCCCAUUAAGGAGGACCACUGCUUCAUCAAGCCCUGCCCUGGCCUGGGAGAGUGCUGGCCCAACAUCCCUCUGCCGCCACCUUCCAAAUGCCAUCCCGGCUCCACUUACCAAGACAACAGCUGUGCCAACAUCACAUUCACAUUCAACAAGGACAUCAUGCCUCCAGCCCAGAGCAUUGAGAACAUUUGCAACGAGCUGAGAAAUCUCUACCUUGUGAGGAACCUGUCAGUGGAGCACUCUGUGUGCAUCACCUGUGAGCCGUCGUCUUUCGCGAGCAACGAGAUACACGUCAGCAUUUCAACUGAUGAGCCCAGAAUGGACAGGAGUCCAGUGAAAGAGAUCACCGACCGGAUCAUUGACCUGGUGAGCAAGAGGAACGGCAACAACUCCAUCAUUGCCGCCAUCACGGAAGUCCGAGUGCAUCGGAGACACAGCAAAACUGACUACCUGGUCCCUUUGCUCAGCUCCAUCUUCAUUGUCAUCUGGAUCCUUGCCUUGGCCUCUGCCUUCCUGUGGUGUAUACGUCGCCGUCGGAAACAGAGCAGCCACGGCAACACAGCGGCCUCGGCAGCCGCCGAGGACAACACGACCAACAAUGUGCGUGAGCAGCUCAACCAGAUCAAGAACCCCAUCGAGAAGCACGGUGCCCACACUGUGGCCAUCAAAGACUAUGAGGGCAAGAACUCCAUAAUCGCCAAAAUUAGGACACACAACCCCGAGGGAGAGGACGAGGACGUGGACAAGCACCUGCAGAAGGCCCGGUUCACAAAGCAACCGGCCUACACGCUGGUGGAGAGAGAGGAGCGCACAUCCAAUAAAAACCCAAACUGGACUAAUAAACAAGACAACAGAGACUUGGAAACAGCACAGAGCUUAAACAGGGUGGACUAUAUUGUAUAGCAGGCAACUGUGUUGUCAUGCAAACCAAAACCCUACAAGCCCCACCCACCCAACGCCUCCUUCCUGUUCCAUGUUCUGGUAACGGGGAGUAGGUGAAGGGUAUGUGGGGAUGUGUAGUUCAUAAACUGUUUCGUCAUAUUCUUGACUCUAAAGUUAUUAUUUGCAUAGAAUCCCUGUGUUAAUUUAAGUUUUGACAAGCUGGCUUACACUGGCAAUUGAUAGUUGCUGUGGUUGGCUGGAAUACCAAGUGCUGCAUUUCACAUAUAUGCAAAAUUAGUUUCAAAUACCCUCCUGCCACAUUUCAGACAUUGAACGGGCAGAUAUGUGAGUGUAUCCUGCCAUUAUACCCCUGACACAGUGUAUUUUGCAACAUGUUUGCAAGUGUUACUUUAUAUAUUUUUUUUAUUUUUUAACUAAAAGGACAUCAACAAGAGUAGGUGUUACUUGGAAGGGCUCUCUGGUUGUUCACCUCUAGUUGUGUACUGAAAGUGCCUUUGCAGCUCCACACCACAGCAACCAUCAGAAAUGAAAAUAAUAAUGAAAAAAAAAAAAACUUUAUUAUUUAUUAUUUUUUUUCUUUGGGCGGGUUGGGUCUGUCAGCAUUUGCUGCGAUAUGAAGAAUUUCAAAGUGUCAAUUUAGAUCAUUUUGUGUAGAUAUGUACAUUUUUCAAUUAAUCACUGUGUAUAUUUGAUUUAUUAAAUUAAUAAUCAAGAGCCUUAAAAUACCAUUCCUUUUUUAUUUAUAUGUACUGUCUAGUUUUGAAGGUUUUGAUAGCUUUGUAAGCUUACAGCUUCUUUAUUUUUGAUGACAACUUUGUUUCGUGUUUCAAAAUGCCAAAAUAAUAAAAGGCCAAAUGUUCUGGUCUUUGUACAAAAAAAAAAUGUCAAUGUGUAAAAGGUCUAUCUUUCACAUUCAUAUUGUCAGGAGGUUUUUCUUUUUCUUUCUUUUUUUUUAAAGUAUGAAAGGCAAGUGAGGAAAACAUAAUCAACAGAAAAUGGCUGCUUUAGAAUUUUACUUUAACACGGUGGCAUACAGAUUGCUUGCCACAAAUAAAGACAUUAUUGCUUUAAGGGAACCACAAUCUUCAGUAGCUUAUUAGUUGCCCACUGAAAACCCCACGAAAGUCUGCUUUGUGCCUGAGGUAGCGCAUGCUUCAGAAUGCUACACCAUUUCACUUCUGGCUUUAGAUUGCAUGACAUCAUAAGCUAGGCAUUGAAUACUUGAACAGUAAAGGGGCCAAUGGGAACACUGUAGAAAACUGCCUUGCUCUUUGGUAGUCUGUUAUUUUAAAUUUUUUUGCUGUGUACAUGGACUGUUGUCUUGUUUUUUUAUUUUUAUAGGCUCUUCAUUAAAAGACAAACUAUCAUAUUUCAUUCAUUUGUAAAAUCCUUUGAAAUCACGGUGACAUUUUGUGUCCAACUUUUGACAUUAGUGUUAACCUCAGAAUGUUCUUUUUUUGAGGUGUUCCUGGCAAUAUUUUUUGAAAAGUCAUAUUUAUUAAAUAUUUUGUAUGAAAAGAGAAUUAAAAGUUGUUCAAAAUUUGA